AUGGGUCACCAGCAGUUCUACUGGAGCCAUCUGAGGAAAUCUGGCCAGCGUUCUUGUUGCAUCUACUCAAACUUGCAUGGUCUGAUCCUGAUAUGUGGCCUCAAUAUGUGCCCCCAGGGUUUCUGUCAGUACUCAAGGGAUACAGGCUUCAUUAAGUUGGAUUAA